ACAUCAGACCGCCUGUCAGAACGAUCUGGACCUCAGGAGGAUCAUCGGAUGGAUCUGGUUCUGCUCUUCGCUCUGUCGCUCUGCUGUGAGUUCAGAUAUUAAUGAUCCUUCAAAACUUCUUUUAGGAAACAGGAAAGAAAAUCUAAUAAUUAUCAGACAGAAACAUGGAGGAAGUUCAGGGAGUUUUUCAGCCCUGGGUUUGGUCUGAAGGUGUUCCUCUCAGGCGGUCGAGUCUGUAAACUCUCCUGUUUCCAUGUUACCUGCUCAGUCGGACUGUUUGGUGCUGAAGACGAACAUGAAUGAGUUCGUACGGUAAAAUGAACUGAUAAUAACUUCAGAGAAAUGUUCAGAGCUCUGUCCUCUCAGUUUAGUUUGUGUUGAACUCUGCAGACUAAAAACUAUCAAUAAAAUUAAACAUAUUAAAUCGUAAAACUAGAAAACUUUAUUGUCUUGUAAAAUAUACGUGUUCAUUUUAGAAAUACUGUCAACAACAUGUUUCAAACAAGAGAACAUGCCAGUUUCUCUUCUAAUGUCUCUGACUUCCUGCUUGCCUCUGAUUGGUCAACAGGGUGGACACCUGAGACCAGGUCACAGUGGUCAGGUGAGGUCAGGUGAGGUCAGGUGAGGUCAGGUUGUGAGAACUUUACUAAUGUGUCUUCUUGUCCUUAAGUGUGUCCUCUAAACCCUCUGUGCAGAAAAACCCAAGAUCAUCAUCAGCGAGGAUGAGAUCAAAGAUGGCGAGUCGAUGAAGCUCGUCUGCACGCUUCCCAUCGAUUAUGGCGGAGGAGAGUGUAACCUGUACCGAGAGGGGUCCUCCAUCCCGUUCAGGGUGAUAAGGGAGGUGGGCUACCUCUGCACGUUCGUUCUGUCCUCGAAGGAGCUGCUGGGGGGACGUCCGGUCGGCAGCACGGUCGGCUUCACCUGUAACUACCACCUGCAGCAGUACACCUCCAUACACAGCGACGCUAGAGUCAUCACCGUUACAGGUGAGGGGUCCAAGAAGUCCUGAAACAAGUCCUUAUGUGGUUGACGGGAUAGAGCGAAUGCUGAGUCAUGAGUAAGUUAAUGCUGAGUCAUGAUAGAGAACAUGCUGAGUCAUGAGUGAGUUAAUGCUGAGUCAUGAUAGAGAACAUGCUGAGUCAUGAGUGAGUUAAUGCUGAGUCAUGAUAGAGAACAUGCUGAGUCAUGAGUGAGUUAAUGCUGAGUCAUGAUAGAGAUAAUGCUGAGUCAUGUUAAAGUUAAUACAGUUACGAUAAAGCUAAUGCUGAGUCAUAACAGAGUUAAUGUUCAGUCAUGUUCAAGCUAAUGCUGAGUCAUGAUAGAGUUAAUGUUAAGUCAUGUUUAUGCUAAUGCUGACUCAUGUUAAAGCUUAUACUGAGUCAUGUUUAUGCUAAUACUGAGUCAUGAUAGAACUAAUGCUGAGUCAUGUUAAAGCUCAUGCUAAGUCUGAUAGAGCUAAUGCUGAGUCAGGUUAAAGCUAAUGCUGAGUCAUGAUAGAGUUAAUGCUGAUUCACUUUAAAGCUAAUGCUGAGUAAGGUUAAAGCUAAUGCUUAGUCAUGAUUAAGCUAAUGCCGAGUCAUGAUAGAGUUUAUGCUGAGUCGUGUUAAAGCUAAUGCUGAGUCAUGAUAGAGUUAAUGCUGAUUCACUUUAAAGCUAAUGCUGAGUAAGGUUAAAGCUAAUGCUUAGUCAUGAUUAAGCUAAUGCCGAGUCAUGAUAGAGUUUAUGCUGAGUCGUGUUAAAGCUAAUGCUAAGUCAUGAUAGAACUAAUGCUGAGUCAGGUUAAUGAUAAUGCUGAGUCAUGAUUCAGUUAAUGCUGAGUCAUGUUUGCGCUUACCCUUGUCAUUUUCUUGUUAAUGCUGAGUCAUUAGAAUCCGGACGUAAUCCUUUAAUUUAUCGGACAUGUUUGUUUUUGCAUUUCUUUAGGCUGAUUAAAUGUUUCUUCUUAUUAUUUUACAUUUUUUUAUUAUUAUUAUUAUUAUAUUAAUUUUAGCUGUAGAGGUAUUGCUCAAGUUUUAAAGAGAGAGUGAUGAGAGAAAUGCUCUGUUUAUAGUGUCGGCGCUGUGAUCGUUAAACAUGCGAACUAUGACGACCUGCCGGGUCUUACACUCAGACGGUUCCUGUUCAUCUCUGAGAACCAAAACACAGUCUGAGUUCCUGCAGGGGUGGGUGUGGGGGCAGGGUCCCGAUGACUGACCUGUGUCUGUUGGUGGUCUUUGGUCCAGGUAGCAGUCCAAGUCCUCACCUGUCCAUCAGUCAUCAUCGCCUCCUCUCACCUGCUGACAGCGUGGAGGUCACCUGUACCCCACCUGUCCACCCUGUCGCCCGCUGUCACUUCUACAGUGACAACGUUUCCGUCACUCGGGGGUCCUGCAGCAGGAACCUGACCGGAGAACAGCUCGCCAUGUGGAAGAGACCCACCCUGCUACUUCCUAUCAACCUGACCUGCAGAUACUAUCCGAAACAUGGCCUGGAAAUCCGCUCAGAACCCAGCAACCACUACCAGGUGUUAGUGCUCGGUGAGGAACCAAUCAGACACAAGGGUGACGCCUGAUCACUACAGAUCAAUACAGAUCACUAUGAGUCCCAGUGAGACAGGUGUCCACUAACAGUGAGUUUCUGUCCACACCUGUUUCCCAAACAAGACAAACCUGUUCACCUCAGAUCAGCUGUUACCAGGACCAAUCAGAAUCAAGAAGGGGCGGGACUCUUUUACAGUUCCAUAUUUUUACAUGAUUCAGGCUCUUCUAGCUCCAGUACGGUGGUUCUGAUCCAGAACUGAGGUCCUGUGGACACAGAGCCUGAAGUCCUAAAGUCUGGUUCACCUCAGGCCAGUUCACUUCAGUCCGGGUCAUUUCAGUUGAAAACAAAGUCCAACAUCGACUCAGACACACACUCUGACAAACACACACUCUGACAAACACACACAGUGUUUGUGGUUAUUUGAAGAGGGUCGACUGUUUAUGGUCACAGAGUUCAGUAAAGUCAGAUAACAUAGAUGUAAACACACAAGAUCAGCAUGCAGACACGACUCCUACAAACACACAGAUGUGUAGUUCGUAAGUAAAAGAGUGGAGGUGAGGGUUAUCGUGUAUUCGUAUUAAUGGUAACUAUGACAGAAACUUAAAGGGAUAUUCUGGAGUAAAAUUAAUUUAUGGUCAAACCCACCGUAACACCGAGUGAGACCCCCCCUCCAGAGAUGAAUGUUGUCGACCGCUUGCUUCUCUAGUUAAACCAACUUUAGUAACGACCGCAGGAUAGAAAUACAGAGAGCCACGCCCUCAACCAAAACGCCACUCUAUAGCCACAAAUAAUGCUCAGAACAGCACCUAACUUCAUCAACAGGACAUAUAGGGUCACAGACAUAGUACUAGACACCAAACAUCUUUUUAACUUUGACUCAUUUCUUUAGCAAAGAGACUAAACACAACUCACCUACUCUCUUCCAGCAGACGCUUGUUUGUAGUGAGACCUCAAGCCAGUCCAUUACGGACUACAGCGGGGUGCCGCAGCUCAAGGAAGAACAUUUAUGAUCAUUUCUUCAUGGAAAUACAAUCAGACUGAGACGCUAAGACAGAAGAACUACCGCGUCUGUAAAAUGAUUAAUAUGGUGAUUAUUACUUCAAGGGAAUGAUAAAAUAAUCAGAAUCAGAAUCGCCUUCAUUGUCAUGUCAUACAACGAAAUUUAAGUGCCGCUCCCUUUGGUGCAAAACAAUGGCAGUAAUAAAUACUAAAAUAAAAGCCAUUUAAAAACACAAGAUAAAAAAUAAAGAAAAGAAAAGUAAACAGCAGUAAUAUGUACAGAAUAUAAACAAAACAGGAAUGAUAAGAAAACACGAUUAUUUCACAGUGAAGCCCAGUAUUACUGCAUGAAAUGAUCAUAACGAUCAUAAAUGUUCUUCCUUGAGCUGUGGCACCCCGCUGUAGUCUGUAAUGGACUGGCCUGAGGUCUCUCUACAAACAAGCGUCUGCUGGAAGAGAGUAGGUGAGUUGUGUUUAGUCUCUUUGUUAAAGAAAUGAGUCAAAGUUAAAAAGAUGAAAACUACCUGCAAACUUGCGUCGGAGUUCGUGUGUCUGACGGCGCGCCGUAGUUUUCUGAAAUGAGACUUGAUCGGUGUUUAACUGUCUUCUCCAUGUUUUCUCUGAACUCUGACUCGUGUCCGUCUGCAGACGUGAGUGAGGAGUCCAGGUCGAUGGACUGCAGCGUCUGGUUGGAGGAUGAUCAGCUGGACGGGUUCAGAGGCAGGAACUGGGCGACUGUGGGAGCAGACGGACAGACGGUCAGCGUUCAGGUGUUAAACAGAAACCUGACCACAGACAAGACCUGGGACUGUACUGAGACCACCACUGAGACCACCACUGAGACCACCACUGAGACCACCACUGAGACCACUACUGAGACCACUACUGGACCAUGAGACUUCAACAGAGAUGUAUAGAUUAGCGCCAAACACCAACGAGAACAUUUCUGCUGUUAUCAGACUGUAAUUUCUUAACAUGUUGUCAUGAAAAAGUGUUUAAAAAACAAAACGGUAGCUCUUAAAAAGGACUUUUUUAAGGGUAUUGCAUGAACAGUACUCUUCAACGGUCUUUCCCUUCAACCCUGAGAUUUGACACGUCUGUCCGUGAAACUGUCCGUGAAUCAGAGGAAAAUAAACCUUGGAGUCGUCUGUGUUUUGUCUACAGUUACUUUAUUUACUGUGAAAACUCAGCAGCUGCUUGUUUCUCACUUGAGUCACACUCACAAAGAUACUCUGACAUUUUCAGACAUCUAAAGUUAGUACCAUGUAUGUCCAUUAGAUGGCGCUAUGACCACAGUAGGGUUGACGUUGAUCAUGUCUAUGAAAUAUCAAACUGAUUAAAGACUGAAUGACCGA